CUGACAUAUAAGACAUUGAGUAAAUCAUUGAUUCAAAACGUGUUUAUGUUCGUAUUUUACACAGUUUGCAAUAAUGAAAAACUUAAAUGUUUGGGAUGUCUCCGUUGGAGAUCUCAAUCUUAAAUCAGUGGACAAACUUAUAGUGUGUAAUGGCCACGACGAAGUCAGUUCUUCCAACGAAAUCUAUGUUUGUACACAUAACCUAAGUGUGAUUAAUUUCGAUCAAAAUAAUGAACUUAAGUGGUCUCAAGAUCUUUCAGACGUUGCUUCUCCUGACAAUAGUCCGAUUAACAUUACAUUUCUCACACUUACCAACACCCUGUGCGUUGGUCUUGCAAAUGGUGAAUUAAUUACCAUCAGCAAUGAUGGCAAUAAUUUAGACUUAGCUGGAGUGUGUGACAGUGGACUACUGGCUAUGGAAUGGAGUCCAGACCAAGAGCUAUUGGUAUUAGUUACAAAAGACAUGAAUAUGAUUCUAAUGAGCAUGUUUGAUCCUGUACAUGAGAUCAGCUUGUUUAAUGAAGAGUUUGGAGAAAAGCAGUUUAUAACUGUUGGUUGGGGGAAAAAAGAAACUCAGUUCCAUGGGUCAGCUGGUAAACAAGCUGCUAAACAGAAAACUGAAGUCACUGCAGAUCCUGAAAUAGCAGACAAUUCUGUAAAAAUAUCAUGGAGAGGCGAUGGAAACUUAUAUGCUGUUGGAUUCAUGAUGGACGGAAUAAGACGGUUUAAGGUUUUCGAUAAAGAAGGACAUUUGCAGUACACAAGUGAAAAACAACAAGGUUUAGAAUCCAACUUGUCCUGGAGGCCUAGUGGCAAUCUUAUUGCUACUACACAAAAGAUUAAUGAUAAAUACCUUGUUUCAUUCUUUGAGAAAAAUGGCUUAAAACAUGGAGAGUUUGACAUUCCUGUAAAUGUUAAUACAUUAGUAGAGGAUAUUAGUUGGAGUUCAGAUUCAGAAAUAUUGACAUUACAGUGCAGGAAUACAGAAAACAACACACAAACCUUACUUCUAUAUACAAUUGGAAACUAUCAUUGGUACCUUAAACAAAGCUUAACAUUUAGCAGUGACCAGAACAUCAGCAGGAUUAUGUGGGACAAUGACUUUGAUAUUGCCAACAACAAAAAAUUGCAUGUGUUUUUACACAAUGGACAACAUUUUUCUUAUACUUGGAUUUGGAAUGUGGACCACAGCAGAGGCUUUGGGCCUGAUGAUGAUGCAGUAGUUGCUGUCAUUGAUGGGAGUAAACUCCUGUUAACAGGUUUCAGACAAACUGUUGUACCACCACCAAUGUCAGCUGUUGAAAUCAAACUUGAUGCCAAUGUUAACUCUGUACAUUUUGCUCCCAAGGCAGAGAAAAAUGGAGAUCCUAAUCCCAACUGUUUCUUUGCUUACACUGCAGAUAAUAGGCUGGUGUUCUACAAGCAAACUGAGAAGUUUCCUCUCCAAUAUGAAGUUUCCAAAACGGUUGAAGCUCCUAAAUAUGAUUAUCCAUUCCAAUGUUACAAUUGGUUCUGGGUUAAUGCAGACACAGUAGUUUGCAAUGCAGUUGAAAAUAAUGAUUCUUUUAAACUGGUUGAGUAUUUAAUUUCUGAAAAUAAUAUGGUUAAGAAACAUGAUAUAUCUUUGCCAGCACCCAUAACAAGGAUUCAAUCACACCCAAUUGAACAUACAUCAUUGUUUUUACAACUUCAUGAUGGUGAUAUAGCAUUUGGUAAACUUGGUGAGGAUCUUGAUAUCCAAGAUGUUUCAUUUGGCGUAUCAUGUCCUAAAUUUGAUGUGUUUACAGUAGACAAUGAAGUAUAUUUCAUUGGAUUGUCACAUAAAGGACAACUCUACAUUAAUGACAGAAUGAUAAUGAACAAUGUUAGCUCCUUUUUUGUCCACACUCAUUUUCUAUUGUUAACAACACUGCAGCAUGUGCUUCUUUGCACUGAAUUAACAAAGACUGGCAUUGAUGCCAUUAGUGAAUACCAGAAAACUGAAUCAAAUCAUGUUUACAAAAGGAAAAUUGAAAGAGGAGCAAAAUUGGUUAUUGCUGUACCAAAUGAUACAAGAACUGUGUUCCAAAUGCCAAGAGGAAAUCUAGAAACUAUCCAACCUAGGCCUUUGUCCUUAAAGAUUAUUGGAGAAUUCCUAGAUCGCCUUCAGUAUCAUGAGGCUUUUGACCUUAUGAGGAAGCAGAGAAUAAAUUUGAACCUCAUUUACGACCAUGAUCCAGAAAAGUUUGUAAAACACAUUGAGGUAUUCCUGGAUUCUGUUAAAAACAUUUCAUGGUUGAAUCUCUUCUUGUCUGAUUUAGAAAACUCAGAUGUAACAAAAACCAUGUACUCUAGUAGUUAUGCUGGUAAACCAGAAAAGCUUAAAAGCGAAGUAGAUUGUAAGGUACAGAAAAUAUGUGAUAUUGUUAGAGAAUAUUUGAAAAAGAGGUCAGAUAAGGAAACUAAAAUAUUGCCAUUACUUACAACAUUUGUGAAGAAGAAUACAAUAAAGGACUUGGAAAGUGCUUUGUUGAUAAUAAAAGAACUGAAAAUCCAAGAAUCUGGUGGAUCAAAGUUGCCUGUUGGAUCUGAUGAAGCAUUAAAGUAUCUUCUCUACAUGGUUGAUGUGAAUCAAUUGUUUGAUGUUGCCUUGGGAAUGUAUGACUUUGAUUUAGUGCUGUUAGUGGCCUACAAGUCGCAGAAAGAUCCAAAAGAAUAUGUUCCAAUGCUUGAUGAACUAAAUGAAAUGGAAGAAAAUUACAAGAGAUUUACAAUUAAUAAACACUUGAAAAGGUUUGAUAGGGCCGUGGAAAGUCUUGUUUUAUGUGGCGCUAGUAGACAUAACGAAUUAAAAACAUUUGUAAAGUACCAUAGUUUGUAUAGAGAGGCAUUGGCCUUAUUUUCGCCUACCCAGGAAAUAUUUCAAGAGAUAUCUGAAGACUUUGGGCUGUACUUGAAAUUAAAGAAACAAUACACAGAAGCUGGUAUCGUUUAUGAAAAGGCCAAUUGUAUAGAUAAGGCUAUUGAAUGUUACAAGGAAGCUGUUGAAUGGGAAUUGGCGAUCAAUUUGGCGCAAUCGUGGCCUGAAGACCAAUUUAAGGAGUUGUGCUGGGAUCUGGUGGAAGCUUUGAAACAAGAGAAGCGUCACAAAGAAGCAUUAACGAUAUUAGAUCAGUUUUAUGGAAACAGUGACCAAACUAUUUCUUACGCGAUUGAAUGUGCGCAAUAUAAAACUGCACUACGGCUCUGUUCGAAAUACGAUAAAUUGAAUCUUAAAGAAGAAAAACUACUACCGGCGCUAUUAGAAGAAUACAACAACAAUAGAGAAUUAAUUGAGACAAACUAUGCAACGUUUAUCCGACAUCGAGAGCGUCUGCAAGUUGUGAGAGAAAAUAAAACGAAGCACCCUGUAGACACAUUCGACUUCUACACCAAUAAGGACAGUGAUUUAUAUUCCGAUGCUGGAAGCACCGUUGCCUCAUCGAGGGGUUCCACCCGAUCCUUCCGAUCAAGUAAGAACAGAAGAAAACACGAGCGUAAGGUGGCAUCACUCAAAGAAGGAUCUCAGUAUGAAGACGUAGCAUUAGUCAUGGCUCUGCAUACUCUAGUCACGGCUUCAUACGACCUGAGAUUGUCUGUCAAAGAAUUAGUUCUAGCUCUGAGCUACUUUAGUAAAGAUAAGGAAGCUUAUAUUUUGCAGACAUCUUUGGAAAAAGUUUUAAAAGAAAUGAAGGACAGUUUCAAAGAAAUCUGGACAAAUGAGUUUGUACUAGAAGCGACGAACGCCUCUAUAGCUGCACAGAAUGUUCCAGAAGGGCAAAGCAUAAUACCACAAGGCAUUGCUUCACUUGAUCCACACAUAAGAAUAGCUCCAGUUAUUUCUGACAUCAGUUGGAAGCUUGAAGGUCUUAAUUAAUUUAUCAUAAAAUUUUAAUGAAAGAACAUUUAUCA